CGGCCCGCGCUCUGUUCCCUGCGCCGCACUGUGCCCCCGCCGGGGUGCGGCCGCUGCCCGCGCUCGGCUCCGCGCUGUCGCUUCGCGCGGUCCCGCUCCUCCUCCAAACUCCGCUCCGGGUUUUCCGUCCGCCCGGCGGAGAGCGGGGCUGCCGCGCCGUUCCCGGGCUCUCGAUCCGUUCCGUGUUUUCGUGGCCGCCGCUUACUGGCCAGUCUCGCGAGCCCCGGCCCCGCCGCAGCCAAUGGGGAUCCGUCCCUCGCUUGGCGCAGCCAAUGGGGAACUGUCCCCCCCCACCCCGGGCUGCAGCGCGCUGAGGGCUCCGAGCGGCGCCUCCAUUUAAAGGGGCCGCGACCCGAAUCCGGGCUCUGGGCAGAACGGGCGGCGCAGCGCCGGGCAGCCCCAGGUACGAGCGGCGCCGCCCGCAGUUGUCAUCAUCUAAAUGGAUUCUAGUGAAAUUUCGGGAUCUCUGGACCCCCUGUCUCUGCCUGACAAACCACUUAUUGGUGAUCUUCCUGCUGACAUGGAGUUUGGGGAGGGUCUCCUGGGCUCCCAAACAGCUUCUACCCAGGAAGCUUCGGAUCUUCGGCCCCCAGAGUGGGAUCAGUCCAAGCAGAUGACUGCAGACGGGGACUUAGGCCUUCAGGAGAAAGGAGACAGCCUGUCUGAACAAAACAAAUCAAACGACCUCAAUCUAGAUAAACCUAGUACUGUCUUGGACGUCCUGGAGAAACCUGAUGUCUUAGAUGACUUGGAUGAAUCUGCUGGCUCAGUGGAGCUAGAUAAAUCAGAGGGUCUGGACGAGCUGUGUAAGGCACAGCCUUCCCAGGAUGCGGGGGAUGGGAUGGACGACUCCUCUGCCAUUUCUAAAGAAGCCCUUGUUCUAGAAACACAGAAAGAAGGGGAAGAUGCACCAAAAACUAAUUCUAGGGACCUAAAGGAAGAUGGUGCUGCUGCUAUUCCUGCACCAUCUGAUGACAGCGGCCCUGAAUCACCGCCACAGCCUGUUCUUGACUCUGGAGACCUCAGCUGUGCCCCAACCACAGAAGAAACCACAGCACAACCCUCGAGUCCGCUGGUAGCCCCUCCACAACUUAGUCUUAAACAGUCAAAAAAGACGAGGUUGAAGGCACCAAGGAAAAGCUCACCUGUGCAGAGGGAAGGACUGCUGGGGGAAGCAGAGGUGGAGCUGAGCCCGGACAGCAGUAUGGCAGCUCUGCCCUCUGAGCCUGCACAGGAAAAGAAAGCAGAGGAAUGGAAUGAUAAUGGGAACAGCUCACUGAGAGAAAGCACUGGACUGAAGGCAGAGGAAGCUGCAUCACCAGCAGAAGGCCUGUCUCGGAAGGGAAGUGUGCCCCAAACUGAGAAGGAGAAAAGAAGUGAACGAGCCAGAAGAUCAGAAUCCGCCAGGCCUGAAACUGUGAACUCCGCUGACAGCAUUCCGGUCUCUGACGAAGAUUCUGAUGCCAUGGUGGAUGAUCCCAACGAUGAGGAUUUUGUUCCUUUCCGUACCCGCCGCUCGACUCGCAUGUCGUUACGCACUCAGAUAGCCCAGCGAGCUGCCCGUUCUUCUGUCACUAAGAUGACUUGUGCCAACUGCCGGACCCCGCUGCAGAAGGGCCAGACUGCCUACCAGAGGAAAGGACUCCCUCAGCUCUUCUGCUCCAGCUCCUGUCUCACCACCUUCUCGAAAAGACCACAUGGCAAGAAGAUAUGCACCUUCUGUAAAAAGGAGAUCUGGAAUACCAGGGACUCUGUGGUUGCCCAGAUUGGUUCAGGUGGCUCUUUCCACGAGUUCUGCACCUCUGUCUGCCUCUCCCUCUAUGAGGCCCAGCAACAGAGACCAGCACCUCAGUUUGCAGACCCCUCAGACACCAUCCGUUGCAGCGUCUGCCAUAAACCUGGUGAGGUCCAGCAUGAGGUCAGCAAUGGGAAUGUAGUUCACCGCAUUUGCAGCGAUGCCUGCUUCACCAAGUUCCGAGCCACCAAGGGUCUGAAAACCAACUGCUGUGACUACUGUGGACUUUACAUAUACAAUAAGGGCAUGCCCGUGGAGUACCUCUUCCAUGAAGGCCAGCAAAAGCGCUUCUGCAACUCUAGCUGUCUCAACAGUUACAAGAAGAAGAACACCCGAGUCUACCCUUGCAUGUGGUGCAAAACGCUGUGCAAAAACUUUGACAUGCUGCCCAAUGUGGAUCGCAGUGGCAAGAUGGGACUGUUCUGCUCCAUUUGCUGCACUACCUCCCACAAAGUGAAGCAGUCGGGCUUGGUUGGUCCCCCUAGACCCUGCAGCUUCUGCAGAAAGAGUUUAUCUGAACCCUGCUAUUACAACAAGACAGACCGGGUUGUCUACCAAUUCUGCAGCCCCAGCUGCUGGACCAAAUUCCAGCACACCAGCCCGGAGGGUGGGAUCCACCUGAACUGCCAUUACUGCCACAAUCUUUUCACCGGGAAGCCAGAGAUCCUAGACUGGCAGGACAAGAUGUAUCAGUUCUGCUGCAAGGAUUGCUGUGAGGACUUCAAGCGGCUACGCGGGGUAGUGUCUCAAUGUGAGCACUGCAAGCAGGAGAAGCUGCUGCAUGAGAAGAUCCGCUUCUCAGGGGUGGAGAAGAACUUCUGCAGCGAAGGGUGUGUGCUUCUUUACAAACAGGAUUUCACCAAGAACCUGGGCCUGUGCUGCAUCACCUGCACCUACUGUUCUCAGACCUGCCAGCGGGCGGUCACCGAGCAGCUGGAGGGCAGCACCUGGGACUUCUGUAGUGAAGACUGCAAAAGCAAAUACUUGCUCUGGUACUUCAAGGCAGCUCGGUGCCAUGCCUGCAAGCGUCAGGGGAAGCUGCUGGAAACCAUCCACUGGCGAGGGCAAAUCAAACACUUCUGCAACCAGCAGUGUCUGCUGCGAUUUUACAAUCAACAGAACCAGCCCAACCUGGACACGCAGAAGGGGCCCGAGAGCCUGCUGAACAGUCAAUCUUCAGAAACAAAACCACCUGCUUCUUCCCAUCAGAAGGCAGAGACUAACACGCUGUCUUCAAAGACCUCCUCAGCCCACAUGUCUCCAGCUGCACCGCCUCCCCCACCCCCUCCAGUUCCAGCCACCCCCCGGAAGAACAAAGCUGCCAUGUGCAAACCACUGAUGCAGAACCGGGGUGUUUCCUGCAAGGUAGAAAUGAAGUCCAAAGGAUGUCAGACAGAGGCUGACUGGAAGCCCCAGGUGAUUGUGUUGCCAAUCCCAGUCCCGAUCUUCGUGCCUGUGCCUAUGCAUAUGUACUGCCAGAAAGUACCUGUGCCUUUCUCCAUGCCUGUCCCGGUGCCUGUGCCAAUGUUUCUACCCACCACACUGGAGAGCGCAGAUAAGAUUGUGGAGACAAUUGAGGAGCUGAAGGUGAAGAUCCCCUCCAAUCCUCUAGAGGCUGACAUCCUGGCCAUGGCAGAGAUGAUUGCAGAGGCUGAGGAACUGGACAAAGCCUCCUCAGACCUGUGUGACCUGGUGAGUAACCAGAGCGCAGAGGGUCUCCUGGAGGACUGUGAUCUGUUUGGACCAGCAAGGGACGAUGUGUUGGCUAUGGCUGUCAAGAUGGCAAACGUCCUCGAUGAGCCAGGCCAGGACCUGGAGGCUGACUUCCCUAAGAACCCUCUAUACAUCAACCCCAGUGUGGAUUUUCUCUUUGACUGUGGGUUGGUGGGCCCAGAAGAUGUGUCCACAGAGCAAGAGCUGCCUCGUGCUGUCCGAAAGGGGCAGAAACGUCUGGUGCUCUCCGAAAGCUGUUCCCGGGACUCAAUGAGCAGUCAGCCCAGCUGCACAGCACUAAACUACUCAUAUGGUGUGAAUGCCUGGAAGUCCUGGGUGCAAGCCAAGUAUGCAGGAGGAGAGACCAGCAAGGGAGAGGAGCUGCGCUUUGGCCCCAAGCCCAUAAGGAUCAAAGAAGACAUCCUGGCCUGCACAGCAGCUGAACUCAACUAUGGCCUGGCUCAGUUUGUCAAGGAAAUAACACGGCCCAAUGGAGAGCGCUACGAACCAGACAGCAUCUAUUACCUUUGCCUUGGCAUCCAGCAGUACCUGCUUGAGAACAAUCGUAUGGUGAAUAUAUUUACAGACCUUUACUACCUGACCUUCGUGCAGGAGCUGAACAAGUCCCUGAGCGGCUGGCAACCCACAGUCUUACCAAACAACACAGUCUUCUCACGUGUCGAGGAGGAGCACCUCUGGGAGUGCAAGCAGCUGGGUGUUUACUCACCCUUUGUGCUCCUUAACACCCUUAUGUUCUUCAACACUAAGUUCUUUGGGCUGCAGACAGCAGAGGAGCACAUGCAGCUCUCUUUCACCAACGUAGUACGCCAGUCCCGCAAGUGCACCACAGCCCGUGGCGUCACGAAGAUGGUGAGCAUCCGCUACUGUGCUCCUGCCAAGCAGAAGAAAGGCCGAGAUGGUAGCACUGGAAAGAGGAAGCGUGAGGAGGAGAUGCCAAUGUUGGAGCAGCGGGAGAACAAGAUGAACCCACUUCGAUGCCCCGUCAAGUUCUAUGAAUUUUAUCUCUCUAAAUGUCCUGAGAGUAUGCGGAACCGCAACGACAUCUUCUACCUGCAGCCUGAGCGGUCAUGCAUCGCCGAGUCCCCACUUUGGUACUCAGUCAUCCCCAUGGACCGGAGCAUGCUGGAAAGCAUGCUGAACCGCAUCCUGGCGGUGAGGGAGAUCUACGAGGAGCACAGCCGGCUCAGCAGCCUGGAGGAUGAUAUGGACUAAGCACAAGGUGCUGCUGGGCUGGUUCUGCUCCAGCCCUGGACUCUUUGUCUCCAUGACUCCUGUUUCGGGGGCCGUGCAGCGCAGCGUGGGGCCGGGACUGCAGCAAUGCUGUCCCCACAUUGUUAUCGGACUCCAGACAUCUCAUCCUGCUCGUAACAGGCCUUUCCUACCUUCGUGGCGCCUGCGCUCAGCCCUGUCCCAGUGCCAGGUGGGCCAUCUUCCCUGGGGCCAGCCCCUGCAGCACAGAGGUGGCAAAGCCACCAGGGUGGUGGCCCCUUUUCAGCCCCGUCCUCCCUCUCCCCAGGGCUGCAGCCCCUACCCCCCGACUCUGACACUACCCCCUUCUCCCUCUGCCCUGAGGCAGGAACCGCACAAUAUGGCAGAGCGCUGCCUGGGACCAGCAGGCUCUGAGGCUUUUAAAUUCCCCCUUCCCUUGGCAUCAGCUCACAGAAGCUGCACGUGGCACGGCAGGAAUGGUAGCUCUGCUGCAGUGGGACAGUGUUUUCAGGGCAGCAGGGAAGGACCACCGGCAGCACGUGAGCUGCUGGGUAGAGGAAGAGUUGUUUCCAGGGGUGGGAGGUGGCCAAGACUGGCUGUUGGGAGCAGGUGGAGUUGAUGCUGGAACAUGAGGUCAGAGACCCAGCUGGGCUGUCUCCCUCAAUUUUGUCAAUGUUUUCUGAGUCGGCAGAAAACUGACUGACACGGGUCUGUGCCAGUGCUGCCCUUCUCUCCUCACUGUCCCCACUCCUGAUGUAGACCCCUCCGAAGGGCGAGGUGCCACCAGCACUGCAAGCUGGCUGGGGUGCUGGUGGCAGUGGCAGGUUCCUCUGCUCCUGCUCUGGGCUCGGGCAGCCGCUGGCAGAAGCGAGGGGAUCUGCCUGGCCUCUCCUUUCUCCCAAAGCUGCAGGGCCCCAGCGCCCUGCCCAGAGCGAGCUGGGCUCCGGCUGUGUUGUUCCCUGCUGCCUCCUGCCCCUCCUUGUGUUCUGGUUGGUUUUCCUGAGCUGUACAUGGGUCUCAGCACUGUUUGUUGAGCCUGUAUAUAUUGUUCUGGGCCUUGGCCUGGGGCCCUCUGUUCUGUGUCCAUGUGGAGAGUGAGCCACUCACCAGUCUUGUUGUAGUGAUAACAGGGCUUUAGGACUAACCCUGUGUCUCUGGAAACCAUUCAUUUCAAAUAAAGUUGCAGAAAGUUG